GGUUCUCAGUGUUUUGCGGCCGAACCGUGAACAACACAUGACGUCGAACAAUACGCAGUGAGGAGCAGGUAGCGAUGGCGGCCCAGUAGCACGUGUUGUAGUGUUAGUGCUGUACACCAGAGCUGUAAGUCAUGGCGAAGAGACGCGCCGAGGAGCCGCUGCUGCUGCUGCACGACCUUCCCUCCAAAACGCUCCCCCGCUCCCUCCUCAGUGUGGACCUGCAGCUGGAGACAGACCCUCCGGCAGCCCGGCCUGUGAGCCGCAGCCCCCCGGCCCUGCUGGCUGUGCUGGGCAGCCGCUGCAGGAAGAGGCCGCACUGCCCCGAGGAGCCGGAGCAGAAACCAGAAGGAGCAGGUGUGUGCACCAGGAAGCACGAGGCUGAUGUUGUGACGGUGCAGACUUCUGGAAGUUUCCAGGAGCCUCACAGCUGCGGUUCACCUGCAAACCACAAGAAACGACCUCGAGAAGAAUGCCAGACUUCUCCUCCUGGAGCUCCUGAUAGAGUUGCAGAUAUAGACACAAACACUGAAGACUGCGCGUACAACUCCUUCCAGUUCUGGAGACCCCCCUUACCCGAACUCGACCUCUCACUGCUGGAAGAUUACAACAGCCAUCCCCAAACGGAACAGAGGUCAAAGGUCAAAGACCGUUCCUCUGAUGCCAUGGAGACGUGAGGUUGCUUACACCAGCAGGCCAACGUGAUGAUGAAAACAUGAUGCUCACUCUCCAGUAGGUUAGUAGGUUGCCAGAAUUGCAUCCAGGUGAGAUGCGACAACCUGACUGUCCAACGAGCCCUGUCGGACUGAUACAUGGGCUGUAGAAGUGAGAGAAUCCAGAGAACGGAUACCUCCCCAAACUAUUACACCUGUUCAUAUAUAUAUUAGCUCUCUACAUAUGCCUGAAUUUUUUUUUAUAAACAUCUCUACAUUAUUUCUUGAGAAAUUCACAAAAUCUUUAAGUAUCUCACAAUGUUAAAGAAGUAAAAACAAAAAAAAUCCUGGAUCCGCUCCCUCCACUCCAAAGGUUAAUGUUUUUCCUUGGUCAGUACUCCAUCCUUCCUCCAGGUUUCAAUAAAAUCAGUUCAGUAGUUUUUUGUAAUUUUGCACAAUGAAAACAUAAUUUCUUUGGCGGAGGCAACAAUGAUGCUUAUUCAUCCAUCAUUCAAUUAUAUGUAUUAACAGUGACAGGAACCUUUUUGUUCUAUGCUGAAUCCUGACAAACCUGCAGCAGUAUUUUAUACAAACAGUUCUUAAAGCAGUUUGUUGUAACACAUUAUGUGACUAUGUUGUGGGAAAGAUACAUUUUAAAUUCAACUCACAGAGGGCUUUAACAUAUGCUGUAUUAGCAGGUUUUUUUUAAUUUACGUGUUACUCAUAUCAUCUUACUCAUCUUAUUGCCAUCAGUCCUGAUUGUCUCUUUCAGCUGUGAUUUUGGCAAUAAAUGCAGUUUUCUAUA